AUGGAAUCUCCCUCCCUCUCGUACGCCCUCCCCCCAGAACUCACCAACCUGACCCAUCUUUUGUACUGGCCUCCAACUCCUGAAGAUAAGGGGGACUUCUUGGCCUCCACCAGCCCCCUGACCUCCACCUACCACCUGAGGCGUCCUGGCCAGGCCAGCUAUGCCCUGGGAGACUCCCUGGAGGCCAUCCUGGUGGCCAGAGACCACCGGGGCACACCCAAGACCCACGGUGGGGAUCUGUUUCGGGCACAGCUUCUGGGUCCGGACUUGAAGGCGGGGGCCUCUGGGGACGUUCAGGAUCUGGAGAAUGGCACCUACCUGCUGUCCUUCCCGCUGCUCUGGGCUGGGAAGGCCCAGGUGCAAGUGCGGCUGAUCCACUCCAGCGAGGCGGUUGCGGUUCUUCAAAGAAUCUGGAGAGAGAAAAAGGCCACAGUUGAUUUUAGAGGCUAUUUCCGGGGACCUACUGGGAAAGAAGAGACUGUGACUUGCAAUAUUGAUCCCCAGUCAACUGGAGCAAAAGGGCCCACAUGCCAGUAUAGAGAUGUGGAUUCUGGUGAGCUCUGGUUCUGCGCUCAACCCCGUACCCUGCCCUGCAAGUCUUUGGUUGAACAUUCGAGUGGGAGUUACCUGAAGGUGACUACAAAACAUGAUGAUGCCCUGUUGGCCUGGAAUGUGACAGACAAGGUGCUCCCUCAGGGUAUUUCCCCAAUCCAGAUCAGAACAGCAGCCACAGGGAACAGCCUAGCUCUGUCCCCACCACACCCUUGCCACCCUGGACUUCAAGCCCCAAAGCCCUCUGGCUUCUACCACCAGGACGUGUGGCACUCACUGACCUGCUCCAGCCGCUCCUUCUCCACUGGUGACAGCAUCCUGGGCUGCCUGGCUGGCCACGUUGUCCACAUGAUGGGGGACUCCACACUUCGGCAGUGGUGGGAGUACCUGCGUGACACCUUGCCCUCCCUGAAGCCAAUGAACCUGCACGUCACCUACCAGACAGGGCCCCUGAUGGCCGUGGAGACCUCGCGGAACAUCGUGCUGCACUGGCGGGCCCACGGCCGGCCCCUGCGCUCCCUCCGCACGCCCGUGGCCUCCCUGCACUCCGUGGUCCGGGUGCUGGGGGGCCUGGCGGGGGGCCCCCACACCGUGGUGGUGCUGGGCCUGGGCGCCCACUUCACCACCUUCCCUCCGUCCAUCUUUGCGCAGCGACUGGCAGGGAUCCGGGCGGCCGUGGCCGCCCUGCUGGCCCGGGAGCCCCUCACCCUUGUGGUCAUCAAGCUGGCCAACACGGGCUACAAGUCUGUGUACGGCAGCGACUGGUUCACCCUGCAGCUGAACCGGCUCCUCCGAGCCGCCUUUGCUGGCCUCCCUGUGGCCUUUGUGGACGCCUGGGAAAUGACCUCCAGCCUGGCCCUGCCCGACGACAUCCAUCCAAAACCGCUCAUCAUUGGCAACGAAGUGAACUUCUUCCUCUCCCUGAUCUGCCCCACCUGAGCGCCCCUGCGGGUCCUGGUGGCCCUGCAUGGAGUGUGGCAGCGAUUGAGUAACUAACCG